CGCCCAUGCCCCGCCCUUUUCGGCGGAGAGGCGGAGUUAGCAACCGGCUGUAGAGAGAAGGAGAUCAUGGCAAGGCCUGUCCGGAGGGUGGAAAUAGUGGCUAAUGAAGUCUGAAUGAAAAUCUUGCCUAAACCCUUUUCUCCAGAGUAUAUAGAAAUAAGGUAAUUCUUUAAUCUACCAAAAUGGUUUUAAAGAAGAAGAAAGAAAUUCAGGUUGAUAGCUUUGUUCUUGAAUACCAACAGCUUGAAAGACUUCGCUCUUUUGCAGAUGAUGAAGGACAAAACCUGGCUUCUCUAUUAUUGCAGUGUGCACAGUUGACAGAUGGCAUUCAGCAAAUUAAUUUGAUCAAACAGAUUGUGCCUUUACUGGAGAAGAUGGACUCCACGUCUUCAUGUAAUAACAUGGUUAAAAGUUGUUUAGAUAUUUUGGGGAUAACAUUCUUAUCUUUGGAUAUAAAGAACCCUUUGAAAAAAGUCCUAGCAAGUUGCCUGAAUGACCUUCCAGAACUGCUUAUAGCAGAAGCUACAGAGAGUUUUGUUGUCUGCCUUAAGGAAGAAUUAGCAACUACAAAUUUCUCCUGCAUUAGAAAAACUAUAGAUAAUCUUGCUUCUUGUGUGGAACUUAUAAAUAUAGGUAAAUCAUGUGUGACUAUACUAUUCAAAGAAGCUCUUCAAUUCCUGUUGAAAUCUGUACUUAAAAUACAAGAAGAAAAUCGGAAAUUUAGUGGAAAUCACAUUGCUCAAACUCGGUUGAUGCAUGAUUUGCUUAUGGGAAUUAAAGUUUCCAUGACAUUGAUUCAGAGAGUUCUGGAAAAUAUACAGAGAUGUUUUUGGAAGAAAUUGGAUUCUCCCAUUUGGCAAUGUAUGUGUGGACUUCUGAACAGCUUUAUAUGCUUCUUAAACAAUGAAGACCUUCUGCAAACAGUCCAGACUUCAGCGGGAUUGGCUGUUGUUCUUUUUAUUAAGACUAUGUUUGAACCUGUUGAGAGGUUACCUUGCUUGAUCAGUGACUUGAUUUGUGGCUUAUUAAAUUGUUCUGAUGUGCCAAAGUGGUUUGUGGUCAGCUGUGGUGGUCUUUGUACUGCUGAACUUUCUGACUCAGUCCUCCUUUUUCUUUGCCAUGGAGCACUUGCUAUGUUAGAUUGGAAAGAUCACAGCAUGGAAGAGAAUGCAGAGAAACUACUCUUGGAUAUAGCCUCUGUUUUGCUGACUUUAAGCACACGGUUAAAAGAGUCUGUAAUGGCAGCAUCUCUAUCCAGAAUUCUAGCUAUUUGGACCAAUGUAGCAAUGGAUUGUCUUCAAUCAAGUUCAAGAACUCUGAAGUUCAAUCUCAAUGGAAACUCGGAAACCAUUGGUAAAAUGUUGGACUAUGUGUACGCACAUUGGGAACAUCCACUAGAUGCAGUUAGGUACCAGACCAAGCUAAUAUUUAAAAAUCUGCUUCAAAUUCAUCAGACUGCUGUGAAAGAAUCCAUAAUAAAACCAGACCCUUUCUUCUCAGAAUUAACUGAAAGCCUGCUAGGUUUAGAAUGGCAUGUUAAAGGCAAAUAUUCAUCACUUGGAUAUCUUGUGGAGUGUAUUGGCAUUGAAAAUCUUUUGGAAAUUGACAGAACAAUUCCUGUACAAAUCUUGGGUGUAAUGAAUGAUCAGUCUUUUGCACCUUAUGCAAGUGAUUUAUUGGAAAUCAUGUUUGUGAAUCACAAGAGGCAUCUUAUAUCCACUUUGGAAAGAAGCACUUGGAUUGAUAGUUGGCAUGAGACAUGGGUUUCUCCUCUGCUUUUGAUCUUAUGUGAUGGAAAUCCAGAACAAGCCACCUAUGUAACAGAUUAUUACUUACCAAAAUUGCUAAAAUGUAGCCCAGAAAGUGUGAACUACAUGAUUAAAAUCCUUCAAAUUUCAACAGAGUCUAAUGUUGGAUCUUUCAAAACCAGAGGAGCUCUUGGAGCCCUGAUGGCAUGCUUGAGAACGGCCAGGGCUCAUGGGCACUUGCAGUUUGCAAUCAUACUACAAGACGGCCUUGUGCCUGUGAGCUGUAUAAAACAAGGUUUGGUUCACCAACACGAUGAGGUCCGAAUAGAUGCUUUGGGUUUACUAUGUGAAAGUCACCGUAGCACAGAAGUAAUUUCCAUAGAAGAAAUGCAACUGAUACAGUUUUUUAUUAGAUACAACUUGAACAACCAAUCAGCAGCAGUGAGGCAACAGAUUUGUUCGUUACUGAAAAAGCUCUUCUGCCGGAUAUAUGAAAGCUCCCAGGCAAUUCAUAAAAUGCAGCAAUUGAAGUCUAAACAAGGUCUAAUUAAUCAAUCACUUAUAUGGGAUCCACCUACAACUUUGCAACAGUAUCAAGAUUUCAUCUCUUCCAUCUGCAGUAUACUUUUUGAAUCCUUGUUUCCUGGUUCAUCCCAUUCAAGCAGAUUUACUGCACUGACUCUUUUGGGAACAAUAGCUGACAUAUUUCCUAAUUCAGAAGGCCAAAGUCAAGAAUUAUUCCAAAUAACCCAAGAAGUGGACAGUUCUCAUGCCGAAAGUUUGUUGCACUGUUUUGCCAGCACUUUUAACGAAGUAAAGACCUUGGCAUUUGAUCUGCUAAUGAAACUUCAUCCUUUCUUGCCUUAUUUUCAGGAUCCUGAAAAACUACAACCAUUGUUUCAGGUAGCUAUGCAGCUCAGCCAAAGUUCCAAGCCAUAUGAUUGUGUGACUGCUUCCUAUUUACUGAACUUCUUAAUACAUCAAAAAGAAUUGUUGAAGAUUUUUUCAGAAAAUUAUCAACCUCUGGGCAUGUUUCAGCCAAAUGAAGAUCUACUUGCCGACUCGUUAGAGAAGAACACUUUAUUCGUUAUCAAGUACUUGUUGGAAAAUCUUGAAAGAGAAAUAUUGCAAGCUGAGAGGUCUUUACUCCAUGCAGCUGCUUCAUUCCCAAUGUAUGGCAGAGUGCACUGUAUCACUGGGGCUUUGUGUCAAUUAAAUCAUAUGACAUUGACCAGUGAAUGGAAGGAAGUAGUGAGAAAACUUAUUCUGAUGUCCUACAAACUUUCUGCUGUAGUAUCUCCUGUAGUUCAGAGUUCAUCUCCAGAAGGUCUUAUUCCAAUGGAUACUGACUUGGAAACAUCAGAGAGAUUGCAGUCUAUUCUACUUGAGAUACAGCCAUGUGAUACAAAUGAUUACUUCACAGAAGCAAAAUUGUUAAAAGAAUAUUACGGACCAGACUGUGGUGAUGGGAGAGCUCCAAACGUUUGUACUGAAAUUAAAGGUAAAGAACAACAUACAAGUGAUGUCACAGCUCAAAUGGUGUUGGUAUGUUGCUGGCGAAGCAUGAAGGAGGUUUCAUUACUUCUAGGGAAGUUAUGUCAGCUUCUACCUGAACAGAUUCUUCCUAGUUGUUCAGAUGCACUGAUAACAGUGGAUCAGGUAAAAGAUAUUGGGGAAUAUUUCAAGAAUCAUCUCUUAAAGUCAAGACAUAGAGGAGCAUUUGAGCUAGCUUAUGCUGGCUUUAUAAAACUUACUGAAGUAUUCUCAAGGUGUAAUAAUGAAGAUUUACACAAAUUGCCACAGCAAUGGUUAUACAAUGUCCUGGAAGAAAUUAAAUCUAGUAAUCCUUCAUCUAAACUGUGUGUCACCAGACGCAGUGCUGGAAUUCCUUUCUAUAUACAGGCCUUAUUAGCUUCAGAACCAAAGAAAGGUAAAGCAAGUCUACUAAAAAUGACCAUGAAAAGUUUGAUAAACUUGGCUUUACCUUCAGAUAGGCUCGCAAGUAUAAUUUCUCAGGUUCAUGCAUUAAAUAUCUUGAGAGCUUUAUUCAAAGAUACCCGCUUAGGUGAACAUAUCAUUCCUUAUGUGGCAGAUGGAAUGCAAGCAGCAAUAUUAGGUUUUACAUCUUCUGUCUGGGCAGUGAGAAAUUCAUCUACGCUUCUCUUUAGCACUCUCAUUACAAGAAUAUUUGGAGUUAAGAGAGGAAAGGAUGAGAGCUCAAAGAAAAACAGAAUGACAGGGAGGGAGUUCUUUACUCGAUUUCCAAGUCUUUAUCCAUUUUUGCUCAGUCAAUUGGAACAAAUAACCGCUACAGCAGACAGUAAAACUAAAGAGUUGAAGCUUCACCCAAGCUUAUUUCUCUUGCUUUUGGUCUUGAGUAAGCUGUAUCCAUCACCAAUGGAUGGCACAUAUUCUGCCCUUAGCAUGGCUUCCUUUGUUCCUCUUAUUUUGAGAUGUGGUAACUCUCCUGUGUACCGUUCACGUGAACUGGCUGGAAGAGCCCUUGUUCCCUUCGUUAUGCUAAAUUUGGUGCCACAGACAGUAUCUUCUUUGUUAGCCGGCCUUCCACAUAGCACUGAUCCUUAUAUACGGCAGAAUGCAGUUCAUGGAACGCUAUUACAAGUCCUUCACUUGCUACAAUCUUAUUUGGAAUCUAAACAGAGGGCUAAUUCAGAUUUUCAUCAUGGUUUGAGCAACAUUAUCACUAAUGUAUGUGGCAAGCUAUGGUUGGCAAACAGGCAAAAUCCUUGUCUGGUGACUAGAGCAGCAUAUCUUGAUGUCCUUGUUCUGUUGAAUAAUUAUCUGGGGAAGGCAAAAAUUAAAGAAACAGAUAUGAACACAUUUUGGGGAAAGAUUAGCACUAUUAUCUUGGAUUCUGAACUAGCAACGGGUAUCAAGUAUUCUCCUGCAGUCCCAGGACUUACUCAGUUUCUCCAGAGCAUCACCAGACUCUUCACAUCUAUGUGUUCAGAACCUAGAUUUGCAAACAGGAAUUUACUUAUUAAAAGUAAUACAAUGAAUCCAUGUUUGUCAGUUGAAUACCUGUUACAUUCAGACUUUUGUGAAGUACGCUUAUUGGUCUUAGAAACAGUCCUGCUAUGGUUGAAUCAAGUGAAUGCAAAACAUGUGAUGGAAGAAAAAGGAAAUGUUCUGUUGAAUCUACUAUCUGGCUUGGAGGAAACACUUAUUAAGAUAGCUGUAAAGGAAAAGCAUCCUGAAUGUUUUUGCAAGAUAUUAGAGGUUCUGUAUAAAAUGGACCUCAGAAGUGUGCUUGCAAAGAUGGAAGAUGCUGUAAAAAUGAAUCCAAGAGAGUUCUUGCAUUGGAUUAUGAAUAUUGCAAAUACUUCUGGCAGCAUUGAAAUUCAAAGCAUAUCCCUUAAAUUGGCCUCAGAGUUGCUCGUAUAUCUUAUACAAAACUGGCAGGAGGACUUGGAAUCAGAGACAAAACAAUGGCUUGAAUUAGUUAGCUAUUGCUGUGAAGAUGAACAACAAAGAGAUCUGAGAUUGGCUGCUGCAGAGAUUCUUGUGAGCAUUACACCAUUUUUCCUGAUUGAUCAGAAGCUUCCCUUGGGUCUGCCUGACACAUUGUUCCUUUGGAGAUGUGUUGUUCAACUGUUGCAGAGUGAAGAACAGAUAGUCAGAGAUACAGUUGCCGGAGUUAUAAGACUAGCUCUGUCUCAAGAAAAUAUAUUUAGGAAAACAGCUUCUGAAAGAAGUGCUCAGCCAAUGCAAGGGUCAGCUUUCCUACAGAGGCAGUCUCUUCCAUAGGGCAUCCUGAUUUACACUAUUUCCCCGUUGUUGGUGAGAGUGGCACAUUUGUCCAGUCCAAACUGUAUUGCAGUAUUUUGGCUUAUAUAUAUGAACAGCAUUGAGCAGUGGUUUUACUAUUAUUUACAACAAUGUGAAAUCACAGCUGUCAAUUCUUUAGCUGGUGUUGGCCUUCAUAUGCAUCAAGUUUUUCCCAAACUUGUAAUGGCCUUUUUAAAUUGUCAGAUGAUAAUUUUGUCAGUGUGCAGAUUUUCUAAGUGUCAUCCAAGUUUUUUGGUAUGGCACCCAGCACUGGGACCACUGCUGCCAGUUUAGGCCAUAAUCUUUCAGCUGUGACUUUCACAUCUUGCUACAUUGUCAUUUCCAAUUCUAUGUCUUCUAUUCUAUCCCCCGGUAUUCCUACAUCAGUUAUCCACAUGCUCACCAGUUAAAUCUGGUGUCUUAUGAACUAAGAUACUAUCAGUCUGUAUCUGAAAUUCCACAUUAUUUUAAAUCUGCUCAUUUUUUAUUUCUUUUUCAAUUAUAUGUUCCCACCGAUUUUUCAUUACUAGCACAUGAUAAUUUUUACAGAUGUUCCAGUGAAUUAUUUUGGUGACUAUGUUAUAUUGUUGCUUGUAGUCAGUUUGUGCAACACUCUUAUACAUGCUAAUUUAUGGUUAUUUUUUCUGCUUCUUUGCACAACCUGCUCUUUGAAUCAUUUGAUGAUUUUUUUAAUUCUACCCUUGAUUGCUUUAUUGAUAUUUUAUUAUCUAUAGGUAAUUUACAAUUAGAUUCACUGUCUAAGACAGGUGAAAACAUAGUAAUUCAAGACAUAACCAAGGACCUAAAAAUUAUUGAGCUAGCCUUUACGAAUAAAGGUAAUUCAGAACAGUGUGGAAUUUUGUUUUAAAUUAUUUUUAUUAUUUAUAUAGGUGCAGAAACAUGUACACAAAGCUCUUGGCAUCAUGACAUUUUUACACACUUGAUAUGAUUAUCACUUGCAGGCUUGUAUUAUUAAUACUUCUAUCAUGGCUACCCAGCAGUGAGUACUUUGGAUAUAGAUGAGACAACAGCAAACAAUUUCUGUUACCUGUAGAAUCAGAAGUUUGUUUCUACUACAAGUUUGUGCUUACUCAAUAGGCAGAACAUUCUGGAAGUGAUUGGGACAUCACCAAUUGGGUCCUUUCCAGCUUUUUUGAUUUAUGAUAUAAAAAGCUACUGAAUUGGAAUAUAGAAAGUACUUCAGCACAUCUAUAUAUAUUCUCCCUAUGACUACUGUGGUAUUAAUGAAAUGAUGUUGGAACUUGAAUUUACAAAUGUUAAUGACUUUUGGUCAGAGUAGCAUCAAAUAUAAAGAAGUAAACUGGUAACUAAAUUCUUGAGCUAUAUAUUUUGCAGUGUUUUUUUUGUUUUAAACAUUAUUGUUGUCCAGCAUUUGAGUUUGCAAACCAUAGUGAAGUACUUCCUCCUGAUGUAACUUUCAAUGAACACUAGACUUCAGAAGGAAGCAAGUUGAAUAAACAAGAACUGCAGAAAUUCCUUUCCAGUGAAAUUUAAUAAAUAUUUUAACAGCUAGUCAAACAUACAAAAAAUAUUUUUCUUCUGCUGCUAACUAGGCAGGUUUUAUAUACAGUUAUAAAAGAAGCGACUGAUAAAUUUUCCAAGCAUAUCCUCUGCGGAAUUCCUGCUUACUUCAGUGUAUCGAGUAACAGGGCCAUUCAAGAAAAGAACUAAAUUGCUGAUUGCUUCCCAGAAGCUUUAUUAUAAUGAGGACAGCAUUGGUGAGCACAUUUCUGGGAAAGCAUAAAACUGCUUCAAUCAUUGGAAGGCAGGUGGAUGAAAAUGGUGAAAUGCCUAAGAUGCCUAUAAUGGUGCAAGCAGUGAAAAUACCAGUUUUAGAUUUUGAAUCUGGUAAGAUUCUACUUUAGAUAACUUGAAUACAGUCUUAAAUACUUGUCAGUACCAGAACUAGGCGAGUACUUUCCAUUAUAUAUAGGAGAAUGCUGUAGAAGAAAAAAAAUUCUGAACUUGGGUUCUGGACACCAACUAGCAUAAUUAAAUCACAGCAGAACUGUAUGUUGACUCUAGUCUUAGACCAUCUAGAUUACUGACCCCAGAUGUCAAUGAGGAAAUAUUUCACCCUCUCACCAUCAAAUACAGUGGGCUUCCUUUAAUAGUGGAGCAAAUAAUUAAGAGUUGGAGAAAUUACUGUAAUUGAAUUUAGUUUGUUUAUUUAGAAUAUCGGCAUUCAACACUGUCCUUUGUGUUAAAAUCAGUUUAGUUCCUCAUAGUAUACAAAUAAAAGUUUAUCUGCUAUAUAGAUUUUUUUUCAUUAAUAAUACCCCAUUCUUAGCACUACAGAUUGUGUAUUUUAAUGUUUAUAUAUGACCAGUCAGUAAAAUAGGAAGUAAUUUCUUCAUAUAUUCAUGAGAAAAAAGAUUUGUGUACAAUAGUGUACAAGAGACAUAUUUAUAUCUGGCACUAUUAAAGGCCUUCUUGUAAAUGAGUACAUGUGUGGGAGGCUAGAUGUACAGUAAAUGGAUUAAAAAGAAUGACUCAGAACACUUUAGUUCCUGUCUUUUAUAAAAAGCACUUGUUCUGAAACUUAAAAUACUUUAAAAGAUCUAGCACAAGAAAAUAUUAUAUACUCAUGGUUUCAGUAUAGACAAAUAGUGGAUAGAUGGAAGUUAGACCGUAAUGUGGGUUUACUUAGAGAAGAUGAAA